UGUCACAGUGAUCAAAGAGAGUGGUGUUUUUUUGUCAGCAGCGGACACUAGGACCCAACCGUAGGCAGAAGUUUUGAUGCUCACUGGAGGCUCCCGACGCACCUGCUGCACUCGCGAGCUCAGAGAUUUCAGCUCCUCACGGACAGCAGCACAGAUCAUUCAUCAACAUGACAGAAUGUAUCAAAAACUGCUGCAGGACAUUUAUGUCCAAGAAGAACGAGCCAGAGAUUCAGAUGAUUAAGGUUCGACUUCCUGGUAAAUCAACUGCUGAGUCUAAUGUGAAGAGGAAUGUUGGAGUAUCAGAGGAUUAUCUGCUGUCUAAACUGCCUCCGGAUGGCCGGGAAGUUCCAUUCUUUGUCCCAAACUUCAAGACUUCCUAUAUCCAGCCAAGAGAAGCACAGAACUCUGGCUACAACAUUGGGCAACAGAGUGCCACAAGGACCACUUAUGCAGAAAGGAAGGCAGAACUCGCAGGAGCUGGUCAAAUGAUGUAUGACCCUGAUUUGACCUUAAACAGCAGUCAUUUGAUCAGCUACGUGUCACCAGGCUCACUGAGACGCCCCACUUUGAAAAUCAGACCCAACAGCAGUCCUGGCACAGGUUUGGAACACAGUGACAAACAGAGACUCAGUCUUUCCAUGUAUGAUCUGUCAAACACUCAAGGCCACGUACAGCGUUUUGAUUCUGUAUCCAGUGUCCAGAGCAGCACAUCCUCCAUUCAGGAUUCCUUUGGGAGCAGCCGUAGUCUAGAGUCCAUCACACUGUCUGGCGAUGAGCGAGAUUAUGAGCCGGGAAAAGUGUGUGUGCACCUAAAGUAUGAAGAGGCAGUGGAGCAGGUGUGGAUCACCUUAGUGAAGUGUACAGAUUUGAGUGUGUAUACUGACGGGGUGGAGGUGCAGAAGAUUGGGGUCAAAGGGGUCAUCACCAUGACCAAGCCAGUGCGAUUUAAGAGCACUGUCAAGGAAGCAUCAUCAGACACUGUCUUCAUGGAGACAUUUGUGUUCACUCUUAACUUAGAGCAGAUCCGCAGAUCUGCACUGGUGCUGUGCCUGCAGGCUCACACACCACGUAGGCGUACGCUGGGAGAGUGUGUAUUAUCUCUGCGAACCCUUGGACCACAGGAAACAAAGCACUGGCUGGAGUUCAAGCCUCACUCUAAAACACAUGUGUGUCAUGCUGAGCUUCAGCUGGCCUUGUGCUUCCAGCCAGUGAGUAGUCGAAUGCAACUCCAGAUCCUCAGUGCUCAAAACCUUCCAUCAUCUUCCUCACCACUUACACAGAGAUUCUUUGUGAAGGUUGAGUUGUUGAGUGAAGGUAAGGUCUUACUGAAGAGGAAGACGAAGGUGAUGAAGUCAUCAGAGGGGCAGAUCCAAUGGGAGGAAGUGCUUCACUUGCCCAUCACCAAUCAAGACCAGAAUCUGCAGCUGGCAGUCAAACUCUACAGCCGUGGCUCUGUUCGGAGAAAACACCUGCUUGGACAGGUCCUCUUGGGUUUCGACAGCAGUUCUCCUGAGGCGGUGGAACAAUGGAGGGAUUCCAUGGCUAAUCCUGAAAAAGUGGUGACGUCUUGGCACAGAGUGAGUCGACUCUGAAGUGAGAGGAUGAAGAAAGCCAAGUGGAUUUUAAAUGCAACUUUUAAAAAAACCUUUUUUCUAUCUUUGAAUAAUUAAAUAUGCUUAUUGUAAGGCAAAAAUGUGUUUGUCUAGAAUGCUGUAGUAGAAGUUUCUCAUUUACAGGUUUAAAUUGAGUCACACACCCUCCGCAGAUUCUAGUUUGGCUAAUCAUGUAUUCAGCUGUUUGUAGAUUUAACAUUCUAUGUUCUUCAUUGGUGUAACUUUGAGAACACGCAACUGUCUAAAACAUAGCACAGGAAUAGGAAACAUAGACAUUAUGUGCAAUAAAGUGUAUUAUACAGAGCUCUACAACUGUCAGUUUGGCAACAUGGCCAAAUAUUGAGCAGAUAGUCAGAUAAUUACGUAACAGAGUUCAUAAAUGAAGUAUUAUGUUCAGUAUUUUUCUGUCACCUCCAUACAACUUCAUUGCUGCUGAGUUAAUGUAAAUCUGUUCUCUGUUGAAACAGAUACCUGCAUUUUCUGAGCAAUUCCAUGACAAUUAUUGCACUUUAGCCAGCUUUUGGAAGAAGAUAAACCUGUUUUAAGUACAGUAAAAACUGUGUUUGUGUUGGGGGUGAACACUAUUUAAAAAGCUUUUAUUUUUAGAAGUUCAGAAGGGUUUGGGUUACAUUCCUUUCCAUGGAAUUAAAUCCUUUAAAAAGUUCUCGUUUUCCUUUCACAAACACGAAAAAGUGAAAGGCCGCAAGAGAGUCCGACAAAGAGACUUUUGUUUUGUUAAUCACUUCUCUGCAUCCUUUGUGCUACCCUUAAUUCUAGGUGACCUAUCUUUCAAGGCCUUGUCAUUUCUAAGAAAUUUCUUUUUGCAAAGGUGACAGUAGCUUGUCUAAAAGUGUUCAUUGUAUUCAUGUUUAAGUACCUUGUGUUAAGUAAUGCUGUAGUUCAGUGGACAUGUGAUAUUAUGUAAGAAAGAUAUUUAAAAAGCUAAUAUUUUGUUCAUAUUGAUUGUAUUUUGUAUGCAUACACACAAAGAUUGAUCCCAGUCUGGCAUCCUGAUGUUAGAGAGAGAGAGAGAGAGAGAGAGAGAGAGAGAGAGAGAGAGAGAAAACAAAGAAUCGUUGGGUUCAGUUUUAAUGGGAUUUUGUGUGAGUGUAGGUUCAUAAAAGACCAUUUCAUUUAUGUUUUAUAUGAUUUGACAACUGUACUGUGGCUUGAUAACAGGUAAUUUAUUACCACCAUUCUCCGAACCCAGAGGAAACACUAUAAACAGACAAAGAAUGUUUGUGUGGGUCUGAAUGUUUGUGUUCCUUAACCCUUCUGAUUGUGCUGCUCUAUCAACGGCCUGUCAAAGGUAUUUCUACAUCCGGGUGUGAUUUAAUUUACGUCAUAUAUUUCGGGAUCUCUGUUUGAACAGUGUUAAUGGUUAUUUCUGAUGACACGCCCCCAGCUGCAGCAAAUCCCAGUAAAACAGCUGAUCUUUGUGUGUGAAAGUAUUUGUGUAAUGUGUCAUAUCCCUAGCAACCAUAUCAAAUACUAAAAAUGGUCCAUAUAUAACAUGACAAAAAAAAAAAAAAAAGAAAACAAAACUGCAGAAGUAUCAAGUUACCAAAAAAAUGAAUAAUAAUAAAAUUAUUGAUAAAAUGAUAGAAACAUCAUUAAAGUUAACAUGGCAGGAAUGUUUCUCUCUCUGUCGCGCGCGCGCACACACACAAACAGCUGUGACCAUGGGAGCUGUC